UCUUUUAGAACCAAAAAAAUCAUUAAAAAUGCCGUAGUAAAACCAAGUUCCAAGAACAAAAUUCCAGUUUAAGCCAUAACAAAAUCCGUAUAAGCCAUGAAGGACGACGACGAGGAGGAGGAAAACACCUUCGGUGUCACCAGAUACCCCUGCAUGCCGUCUCUGGUGGCCCUUCAGCAGAUGCGAAAUCGUCUCCAUUUGGCCUUCCUCGGACGGAAGCUUAUGAAAUGGACCAUGACAGCCACCGGACGGGAGAUGAGGCGAAUUGCUGGAGAGAUCGACGCAAUAUACAAAGGGUUUGACGCAGAUUUACGUAACGCUUACAUACUUUUGGCAAGAAGUCGCUAUUUCCAUCCGAGCCUCAAUCAGAUGGUUUUGGAGAACAUACCCAAUAAGGCUGCUGUCUUGGUAGUGCCAUCUGCGAAGGCCGUCUCGGGUGUGAAGCUUAUGAACUAUAGUAUUAUAGAGACAAGCGCACAAAACUAUGUUCAUCUGGGCUUAGAAAAGGGUGGGCAGACUAUAUUAGAGACGAAAAAGGCGUGGCUGGAACUUCUCAAACGGCUCAUUUUAAUGCUGCAAUUACGUACAAGUUUCCUAACAGUGGAGAUUUCAAACAGAGCAGCUACCAAAAAAGGCAAUGUGCUGUCAAAAAUAGUUGUACCAAGGAUAAAUUUGACGUCGAAAUAUAUUGUCUCCGAGUUGGACGAGAAAGAGAGAGAGGAGACGUUUCGUCUGAAACGUGUUAAACAAAAGAAGGUUGCGGAUAGGAAGAAAGAAGAGUUAAAGAUGAUUCAAGAGGAGAAAGAAGUAGAUAUGACAAACGAAGGGAAUGUUUUGGCAUUUCAACCCAGUUAGAUGGUGGGCUGUCUUUGUCUUCAUUUUGACGCAUCAUCGCCUCUCAGAAGUCUGAUGGCUGGAAGUCUUUUCCAAUCCAUUUUAGUAGGCAUUCACCUUCAAACUGUAGAAUCGGCUCUCUGGCUCUUCAUUAGCAGAGCAGGUAUUUAAAAAAAUAUCGUAAACUAAAAGUCGCCAAU